GUUCCGCCCUCUGCGCAGGCGCAGGCUGCCUCCGCCGCAGCCCCCCGCCCCCAUCCCGCGGCCGAGGGGCGGGGCGCGGGCUGGUCCGAGGCGGCCGCGGCUCCAUGGGGCUCCUGGCGCUGCUGGGCCUAAUGCACUCGGCCUUUCUCGGGGACCAGGCGCUGCAGGAGUGGAAGAUGAGCUCCGCCGCGUCCUACGAGCAGCUGGUGCGGCAGGUGGAGGCCCUGAAGGCCGAGAACAGCCACCUGCGGCAGGAGCUGCAGCACAACUCCAGCCACCUGUCCAAGCUGGAGACCGAGACGUCGGGCAUGAAGGAGGUCCUGAAGCAGCUACAGGGCAAACUGGAGCAGGAGGCGCGGGUGCUGCUGUCCUCGGGGCAGACGGAGGUCCUGGAGCAGCUGAAAGCCUUGCAGAUGGACAUCACCAGCCUGUACAACCUCAAGUUCCAGCCUCCCGCGCUGGGGCCCGAGCCCCCCGCACCGCGCACCCCGGAGGGAAGCCCGGUGCACGGCCCCGCGCCCUCCAAGGACAGCUUUGGGGAACUGGGCCGGGCCACCAUCCGCCUCUUGGAGGAGCUGGACCGCGAACGGUGUUUCUUGCUGAAUGAGAUCGAGAAGGAAGAGAAGGAGAAGCUGUGGUACUACUCGCAGCUGCAGGGCCUGUCCAAGCGCCUGGACGAGCUGCCGCACGUGGAGACGCAGUUCUCCAUGCAGAUGGACCUCAUCCGCCAGCAGCUGGAGUUCGAGGCGCAGCACAUCCGCUCGCUGAUGGAGGAGCGCUUCGGCACCUCGGACGAGAUGGUGCAGCGGGCGCAGAUCCGCGCCUCCCGCCUGGAGCAGAUCGACAAGCAGCUGCUGGAGGCGCAGGACCGGGUGCAGCAGACGGAGCCCCAGGCGCUGCUGGCUGUGAAGUCGGUGCCCGUGGACGAGGAGCCCGAGGCGGAGGCCCCCACGCACCCCGACGACGGCGCCCCUCAGCCCGGCAACAGCAAGGUGGAGGUGGUCUUCUGGCUGCUGUCCAUGCUGGCGACGCGGGACCAGGAGGACACGGCGCGCACGCUGCUGGCCAUGUCCAGCUCGCCCGAGAGCUGCGUGGCGAUGCGGCGCUCGGGCUGCCUGCCGCUGCUGCUGCAGAUCCUCCACGGCGCCGAGGCGGGCGCGGGAGCGGGCGCGCGCGCCAGCGGCCCGGGGACGCCGGGCGCCAAGGACGCCCGCAUGCGCGCCAACGCGGCGCUGCACAACAUCGUCUUCUCGCAGCCGGACCAGGGCCUGGCGCGCAAGGAGAUGCGUGUGCUGCACGUGCUGGAGCAGAUCCGCGCCUACUGCGAGACCUGCUGGGACUGGCUGCAGGCGCGCGCCGCGGGGCCGGACGGCAGCGCCGGCGGGGCCCCGGUGCCCAUCGAGCCGCAGAUCUGCCAGGCCACCUGUGCAGUGAUGAAGCUGUCCUUUGACGAGGAGUACCGCCGGGCCAUGAACGAGCUGGGUGGGCUGCAGGCGGUGGCCGAGCUGCUGCAGGUGGACCACGAGAUGCACGGGGUGACCCGGGACCCCCUGAACCUGGCCCUGCGGCGCUACGCGGGCAUGGCCCUCACCAACCUCACCUUCGGAGAUGUGGCCAACAAGGCCACGCUGUGCGCUCGCAGGGGCUGCAUGGAGGCCAUCGUGGCCCAGCUGGCCUCGGAGAGCGAGGAGCUGCACCAGGUGGUGUCCAGCAUCCUGCGCAACCUGUCCUGGAGGGCGGACCUCAGCAGCAAGAAGACCCUGCGGGAAGUGGGCAGCGUGUCUGCGCUGACGCAGUGCGCGCUGCGGGCCUGCAAGGAGUCCACCCUCAAGAGCGUGCUGAGCGCCCUGUGGAACCUGUCAGCGCACAGCACGGAGAACAAGGCGGCCGUGUGCGCGGUGGAGGGCGCCCUGGGCUUCCUGGUGAGCACGCUGACCUACAAGUGCCAGGGCGCCUCGCUGGCCAUCAUCGAGAGCGGCGGCGGCAUCUUGCGCAACGUGUCCAGCCUGGUGGCCACGCGCGAGGACUACCGGCAGGUGCUCCGCGACCACAACUGCCUGCAGACGCUGCUGCAGCACCUGACCUCACACAGCCUGACCAUCGUGAGCAACGCGUGCGGCACGCUCUGGAACCUGUCGGCCCGCAGCGCGCGCGACCAGGAGCUGCUGUGGGACCUGGGCGCCGUGGGCAUGCUGCGCAACCUGGUGCACUCCAGGCACAAGAUGAUCGCCAUGGGCAGCGCCGCCGCCCUGCGCAACCUGCUGGCCCACCGGCCCGCCAAGCACCAGGCGGCCGCCACGGCCGUGUCCCCCGGCGCCUGCGUGCCCAGCCUCUACGUGCGCAAGCAGCGGGCGCUGGAGGCGGAGCUCGACGCCCGGCACCUGGCGCAGGCGCUCGGCCACCUGGAGAAGCAGGCCCUGCCCGAGGCCGAGGCCGCCGCCAAGAAGCCGCUGCCGCCCCUGCGGCACCUGGACGGGCUGGCGCGGGACUACGCCUCCGACUCGGGCUGCUUCGACGACGACGACGCGCCGUCCCUGGCCGCCGCCACCGCCGAGCCCGCCAGCCCGGCCGUGCUCUCCCUCUUCCUGGGCAGCCCCUUCCUGCAGGGCCAGGCGCUGGCCCGCACCCCGCCGGCCCGCCGCGGCCUGGAGCCCGAGAAGGAGGCCGGCGGCGAGGCGGCCGCGGCGGCCAAGGCCAAGGCCAAGCUGGCGCUGGCGGUGGCGCGCAUCGACCGUCUGGUGGAGGACAUCUCGGCCCUGCACACCUCGUCCGACGACAGCUUCAGCCUCAGCUCCGGGGACCCCGGGCAGGAGGCGCCGCGGGAGGGCCGGGCGCAGUCCUGCUCGCCCUGCCGCGGCCCCGAGGGCGGCCGGCCGGAGGCGGGGGG